GCACAUAGAGAUGAAAUCCAGCGUAAAUUUGAAGCCCUUCGUAAUAGCUGCACAGUGAUCACGGACCUAGAAGAGCAGCUGAAUCAGCUGACCGAGGACAACGCCGAGCUGAACAACCAGAAUUUCUUCCUCUCCAAGCAGUUGGACGAAGCUUCGGGAGCGAACAACGAGGUGGUUCAGUUGCGGAGCGAGGUUGACCAUCUCCGUCGCGAGAUCACGGAACGGGAAAUGCAGCUCACCAGUCAAAAGCAAACCAUGGAGGCCUUAAAGACCACCUGUACCAUGCUGGAGGAGCAAGUGAUGGACCUGGAGGCCCUGAACGACGAGCUCUUGGAGAAGGAGCGCCAGUGGGAGGCGUGGAGAAGCGUUCUGGGAGACGAGAAGACCCAGUUUGAGUGCCGGGUGCGGGAACUCCAGAGAAUGUUGGACACGGAGAAGCAAAGCAGGGUGCGAGCCGACCAGCGUAUCACGGAAUCCCGCCAAGUUGUGGAGCUCGCAGUUAAAGAACAUAAAGCGGAGAUCUUGGCUCUCCAGCAAGCGUUAAAGGAACAGAAGCUCAAAGCUGAGAGUCUGUCUGACAAGCUGAAUGACUUGGAGAAGAAGCACGCCAUGCUGGAGAUGAAUGCCCGGAGCUUACAGCAGAAGCUUGAAACAGAACGCGAACUCAAGCAGAGGCUUCUGGAAGAGCAAGCCAAGCUGCAGCAGCAGAUGGAUUUGCAAAAGAAUCAUAUCUUUCGGCUGACUCAAGGCCUGCAAGAGGCUUUGGACCGGGCCGAUCUUUUGAAGACGGAACGGAGUGACCUGGAAUACCAGCUGGAAAAUAUUCAGGUCCUGUAUUCCCACGAAAAAGUGAAAAUGGAAGGCACUAUUUCCCAACAAACCAAGCUUAUAGAUUUCCUCCAAGCGAAGAUGGAUCAGCCGGCCAAGAAGAAAAAGGUUCCUCUGCAGUACAAUGAGCUGAAGGUGGCGCUGGAGAAGGAGAAGGCCCGCUCGGCGGAGCUGGAGGAAGCCCUGCAGAAAACCCGCAUCGAACUCCGAUCGGCUCGGGAGGAAGCUGCCCAUAGGAAAAUCACAGACCACCCUCACCCAUCCACUCCUGCCACGGCCAGGCAGCAGAUCAUCAUGUCUGCCAUAAUUCGGUCACCUGAACACCAGCCCACGCCCAUCAGCCUGUUGGCGCCUCCCUCCAGCCGCAGAAAGGAGGCCUCCACGCCGGAGGAAUGCCAAAUGAUGUGCCACCCCAAAUGUUCUGCCUGCUUGCCAGCCACUUGUGGAUUGCCGGCUGAGUACGCCACCCACUUCUCGGAAGCCUUCUGCCGGGAUAAAUUGAACUCCCCGGGCCUUCAGCUCAAAGAACCUGGCGGCCCUUUACGGCUGGAAGGAUGGAUGAAGGUGCCCAGAAAUAAUAAACGUGGCCAGCAAGGCUGGGAUAGGAAGUACGUCGUUUUAGAAGGAACGAAAGUCCUCGUUUACGACACGGAAACGAGAGAAGCUGGACAACGGCCCGUGGAAGAGUUUGAAUUGUGCCUUCCAGAUGGAGAUGUUACCGUCCAUGGGGCCGUGGGAGCGACCGAGCUUCUAAAUACAGCCAAGACAGAUGUGCCCUAUAUACUGAAGCUGGAAUCUCAUCCCCACACCACCUGUUGGCCUGGCCGGACUCUCUAUUUGCUGGCACCUACUUUUCCCGAUAAGCAGCGUUGGGUGAAUGCCCUAGAAUCUACGGUGGCUGGAGGAAGAGUUUCCAGAGAAAAGGCAGAAGCUGAUGCUAAACUCCUUGGAAAUUCCCUUCUGAAGCUGGAAGGAGAGGAUCGUUUGGAUAUCAACUGCACUUUACCCUUCAGCGAUCAGGAGACGAAAGGGCGCUGUGCCUUGUGGAUGUGAAAAAAGUGAAGCAGUCCCUCGCUCAGUCCCACCUCCCGGCUCAACCUGACGUCUCGCCCAAUGUUUUUGAAGCCGUGAAAGGCUGCCAUCUUUUUGCGGCAGGCAAG